AUGAGUGAUGGGAGUUCGCAACCCACGGGUGGUGCAGCAAGCGAUGUAGAAGCAAUACACGAUGCCGGCGUGUCCAAACGCACCAGAGUGAAGUAUAAGAGCAGUCUGAACGGUAUCAAGAGAUGGAUUGUGAAGGAGCUCUCCAAGGAAGAUGCUAACACCGGCAGGUCUAUGUCAGUACAAACACUUCAGACUCAGCAUCUAUUGGCAAAAGACGACAGCGUUGGUGUCGUAUUGGUCAAGACCAAGACGAACCAAGAAGGUUCGGGACCACGUGACCCGCGUCACUUGUACGCGAAUCCAUUAAGUCCGUCGAGAUGGUUCUGCCAAAAGUUACGGCACCCACUCAACGUACGUCCGUUUUACAACAUUGUAGCUAAGAUGCGUCCGCAAAAGAACGGAGCGGGCGUGGACCACAAGAACGUGAUCAACUACAAUGAUGUGAACGAGUUCUUCUGGAGAGACUCGUGCCUCCACUUCGACGAGUUCAAUGUAGCAGAAGCCGUCAAUGCGCGGGACUACAAGACGUUCAAGGAGCAUUCUGACGUUCUUUCGCCUCUAUUUCUCCCUUUUCGUCAUGCUGCGCAUACGGGUGGUCAUCACAUAAGAGAUGACCAUCAGCCUACCGCUCCAACCUGGACGACACCGACGGGUUCAAGUUCUACUCGAACUUUUCACACGGUCUGUACGAUUGGCCAGAGCUGGGGAGAUUUCUUCUGCUACGGAGCGUUCUGGACGAUCAUCUUCGUGUGCAAGUUCAUGUUCAACUCAGUUGAUGGUCAAGCUUCUCAUUGGACUCAGCGUGGAGAUCUACAGCGUGGAUGUUUCCGCGCCCAGCUGAAGAACGCAUUAUCGAUGGUUCUUGUGUUUAUUUACGAUUCUCAGAUCUGGCUCGCUAUCGCUCAGGCUAUCGUCGGUGCCUGGAUCGGAUUCCGUCUCAAGAUUGACCACUCGGCUCGCAUCAAGGAGUUUGUGAAGCGCCUGCAGCAGGCCCCCAAUUUCUUCCCCGCUAUCGUCGAGCUCUGUUGCUCCUGA